GUCGAAUUCUCACAGGCCCAUUACUCCUAUCCUCAAAAGUGUUGUUAUUCUCAGCAAACCCUCGUUCUUCAGCCGCGCCUCAACUUUGAAGCAAUCCCACUUCCCUUCACAAAGCCUCUCAAAAAUGACCAAGAGAACCAAGAAGGCCGGCAUUGUUGGCAAAUACGGCACCCGUUAUGGUGCUAGUUUGAGGAAGCAGAUUAAGAAGAUGGAAGUUAGUCAGCACAGUAAAUUUUUCUGUGAGUUCUGUGGAAAGUAUGCUGUUAAGAGGAAGGCCGUGGGUAUUUGGGGCUGCAAAGAUUGUGGAAAAGUGAAAGCUGGAGGUGCUUACACAUUGAAUACUGCCAGUGCUGUGACUGUCCGAAGCACCAUCCGCAGGCUGAGAGAGCAGACCGAGAGUUGAAGGCAGUUUGCACUUUUCAUUUGUUUUCAAAGCAUAAGUUUUGCUGCUUAUUUUAAUAUUUGGUUUUGGAUAGUUUAUGAGAAGCACAAUGGAAGGUCUUUGUUAAGAAUAUAUUAGUAAUGUACUACUUAAGAUUCUUGAAUGCUAUUUAGUUUUGUAGUCUUGAGUCAUCUCAUGGUGAAUGAUUUGGUUGUUUGUUCUGCUUCUUGUACUAUCAUCUAUUAUUUACUUAUUAGGCAUCCAGUUA